AUGUCGUCGGGUACUAUUCACUUCCCCGCCAUUCUUGUAACCGUCACCUGUAAUCCGCGCAGGUGUGUCCGCACCCCCCUGAGUGGACGAGAAAGAAAGGAUUUCUCGGGGCAACCCCCCAGGUUCCAGACCCAGGAGUAAACUUUCCCGUAUGAGCGUUCGAUAGGUCGUCUGAGGGUUCGCCGCGGUUCAUUGCUGUGCUUACACACUAGGCUACUCUUCUCCGAAAGCUCCGCAGGACCACCUACCACUAGUCUUCGGCCGGAGAGGUUUAUUGCAAAAAGGCCGGGACGCAGGCUCCUGAAGAGGGAAGCCCAACGAAUGUCAGAUGCAAAGCCCCGCACCUCAUUAAGAUCAUAUUGGCAUACUCUCCUAAAAAAAAAAGAGCAGACCCCAUUGAAGACGAGAGUGAGGUACAACAAGGCCAUUUCUGUCCACCGCCCUUCUCACGAAGCCGUACGUGGACGUUACCGCUCAUACAGCUCCCAGCCAGCAAGAGUUAGCCUUCCUCUACAAAGAAUGGAAGUGUGGAUGAAUGACAUCAAAUAGAGGAAUUCGGGUUUUUCUAUUCAUUUAUAUAAAUAAGAUGACAAGAGCACCCAUUUCACAAAAACCUACAGAUCUCCUCCCCCCUUGGUUAUUUUUACGCCAAAGAGACUUAUUUACAAGAUGUUCGAAAUCGCUGAUGAAAGGUUAUCAUAAAGAUAGGCGGAUGACUUUACUUAUCUGUAUAGGUCGGAUGUUUUCGUGAGCAGUAAGCAGAAAAUCUCCCCUUAUUUUGGGAAAAGCCGGUGGCCGCGUGUGAAUUCUUUCAAGGCAAGGGGCGGCCUGCUUCGACAUUGUUGUAUACUCUGAUCCGGUCGAGAUAGUUUUCGUUUACCAGCGCGUAGGUAGUCUAAGUUCCUAUGACCGAGUCUUUCUGGCCCCUGUGAACAUCGUUUCUUAAUGUAUUAAAGAGGGCCUCUCUAACCGGUGAAAAGUAGUGGGUAUCCACUAACGGCUAUUCCUGGCUCGGCUCCGAUAACGCAAUUCCGGGAGGAGUCGGUAGUUGGGCGCUGGAUCCUUUCGGACCUGGAGAACGUAUGACACUGGGUUGGAGUUUGGUGAACCAACUGGUCGUUCCUCUAGUUGAAGUAUCGGGCCCUUUUUUCGUUGCCUAGGUUACACCUUCGGAAUACCCCAGAAGGGAAUUUUUCUAUACUUCCUUCAAUCUUAACUUUACGCCACGCCGACCCCCCUUUCGUCAUAAGGCGUGGAAUUAGACCAAGGGUUGGUUUCUCAAGUAGGAACUAGUCCUUCUGAUUUCGCACGUAGGAGAUCGAGACACAGCCCCAGGACUAUAGAGAAAGAUGUAGAUCGAUCGCCCCCUAGAUAGACAACUACAUAGAGGGUCUCUACAAGUCUUUCUAUUCUUUCUUUCAGAACCUGCGUAAGAUCAAUAUCACAACCAAUGAAGUCUGCAAGUUUCACAUAUCAUAUAAAGUAAUACCCGCUCCGAUAGUUUACGAUAUAGAUAUAUAUGAGUUUACGAAAAAAUGAGAAGAAAAUAGAUUAAUGGAUAUCGGUAGUUGUCCGGUCGUACCCAAACAAUAAUAUUCCAGAAGAAAAUGCACCUAAGAUCAAAUAUUUCGAGCCGGCUUCCGUAGAAAAUUCAGACUUUCUUUUUGAUGCUGCGAUCACAUAAAAACAUAAACUUUGAGGCUCAAUAGCUAAAUACAUGGCAAUUAGAUCAUGAGCCGAGAUCAUAAAGAGCAUACUGCGAGUAGGAAGUGAAAUUAAUACAAUGAAUUCAAAAGCAUCAAACCUCUCUUGUUCGAAAAAAUCAAAACACAUCGAAAUGGUACCAGCCGUACUUAAUAAUAGAAGGAUUUGGCAGAAAUAUGUAAAAUUGUCCCUCUUAAAAAGAUUAUUCCAGAAUAAAUGGGCAAUAGUUAGGAGAGGUGCGCCAGCAGCGAGCAAAAGCAAGGUUAUUAGAUACCUCAGGAAAGCCCGGCCAGAACCACACGUGCAAGUUUCCCUGCAUGUGGCUCGUCCGUGAUAACUUCUUCGAAUUUGCGUGAACUAGCGGACCGAUCACUAAGUGAGGAUGCUCCCUACAGCAUGAGCGAACCUUUUCGGAACCGGUUAGGAAUGGGCGCCAUUACCCCAGCCCGGAUCCAGCCAGGUUCUAUUGAUCAUGUCCUCUUCCCAACAGUUGUACUUUGUCUUGGGGCGUCUUUGGCUUUACGAGAGAAAGCCCGCCGGAGAAAGCCAUGUGCCCGUAGGUAAGCUCUAUCUUUUUCUUUCAGAACCUGUGCUCGAGAAGGUCCCCCAGUUCCUCGGAAGCACCUCGAUCUUACAUGAGACUCGGGAUAUUUCCCACUCUUCGCUCAUCCAUUCUGCCCGCUCGUCCAGACGCGGCGCCCUUUCUCAUUAUCAUCUAC